GCUGGAGCCCGGGGCUGUGCCGUGCGGGAGAAGGCCCGGGUUUGGCUCGCAUCCGCCGCGAGGAAGUAACCAGGCUGCAAAGAUGCCAGGGCCAAGACCUCGCAAGGGCCCUCAGGCCAGUGGCCAGGGUGUGGCAGCUGCCAAGCAGCUGGGGCUCAUUGUGGAGUUCAGCCCUGAGGACAUGCUGCUGGGGGUUGAUGGGACUGAAGAUGACGAGGACCUAGAAGCUGAGCUGCUGGCUCUCACUGGGGAAGCAGGAACCAUGGGGAGGAAGCCAGCACCCACGGGACGGGCCCCUGUGCCCAUGGCCCACAUUGAGAAGUUGGCUGCGGACUGUAUGAAGGAUGUGGAGGAGGAUGAGGAUGAGGAAGGGCUGGAGGAAGAUGCAGACCUGCUGACUGAAUUGCAGGAGGUCCUGGGUGUGGAUGAGGAGACUGGGCCCCUGGGUGGUGAUGAGGCAGCUGAUCCAGAUGUCUCUGAGGAGGAGAAGGAACCGGGAAACACUGACCCUCCAGUGCAGACAGCCCUCCUGACAGCUUCAGACCCAGCGGCUCUGGCUGGAGGGCCUCGGGGGCUGCUGGCUUUGCUGGAGGAACGGAUCCACAACUACCGGGAGGCUGCAGCCAGCGCCAAGGAAGCAGGUGAAGCAGCCAAAACCAGGCGCUGUGAGCGCGGCCUGAAGACUCUGGAGUCCCAGCUAGCUGCAGUGAGGAAAGGCAGGAAGAUCAAUGAGGAAGAGAUCCCACCUCCAGUGGCCUUAGGCAAACGGUCCCUGGACCCCCAGGAAACAGCCACCAGGAGCCCUGAGGCAGACCCUCCAGCUCCCCGAGCCACGGAGCCAGACAACCCCUCCCAGCCUGAAACAAGCCUCCCAGGCAGCUCUGGCAUUUCUACCCCGCCCAAUUCAGACCUAGACCCACGGGCCCUGUUAUCAUCCCGACAGAGAGAAUACAAGGUGGCUGCCCUCAGCGCCAAGCGGGCUGGGGACCUUGACCGUGCCCGGGAGCUCAUGAGGAUUGGGAAGAGAUUUAGUGCCGUCUUGGAGGCCCUGGAGAAGGGGCAGCCUGUGGACCUAAGCGCCAUGCCCCCAGCACCUGAGGACCUGAAGCCCCUGCAACAAGCCUCUCAGGCCCCUGCAGCCCCCUCAGUCAUUCCCCCAGCCCUGGAGCGAGUGCAGCCAGUGAUGGCCCCUGACGUCCCAGUAACCCCAGUGGCAUCUACAGAGCCGCAGACGGUGCUGGACGCCUUGCAGCAGAGGCUGAGCAAGUACCGCGAGGCCGGCAUCCAGGCCCGGGGCAGUGGGGAUGAGCGCAAGGCUCGCAUGCACGAGCGCAUUGCGAAGCAAUAUCAAGAUGCUAUUCGAGCACAUCGGGCAGGACGGAAAGUUGACUUUGCUGAGUUGCCUGUGCCUCCAGGGUUUCCCCCCAUCCCUGGCCUGGAGCCCACAGUGGGCACAGAGGACGAUGCAGUGGCAGCGACUUUAGCAGCAUCCCAGAAGCUGGCCUCCUCAGAGGAUGUGGCCCUGGCAGAUGAAGACGAGGAUGAGGGUGAGCCCCCCGCGCAGGCCCCAGUAGCCAAGAAGCCAGCACGGCCUCUGCUCCCCUCAUCUCAGCCCCUGCCUGAGCCCAAGGCCUCAAGUUCUAAGGAGUCACUGAGUCCAUCUGUGCGGGAGCAGCUGGCGUUGUUGGAGGCACGCAAGUUGCAGUACCAGCGGGCAGCCCUGCAGGCCAAGCGGAGCCAGGACCUGGAACAGGCCAAAGCCCAUCUGCGCGUGGCCAAAGGUCUGGAGGCUCAGAUCAUCCAGGCCCGAGCCGGCCGACCUGUUGAUCUCUCCAAGGUGCCUUCACCCUUGACGGAUGAGGAAGGUGACUUCAUCCUCAUCCACCACGAGGAUCUGCGGCUCUCCCAGAAGGCGGAGGAAGUAUAUGCCCAGCUACAAAAAAUGCUUCUGGAGCAACGGGAGAAGUGCCUGCUGUUCUCCAAGCAGUUCAUGCACCAGGGCAAUGUGGCGGAGACUACCCGGUUUGAGAAGCUUGCUCAGGACCGCAAGAAACAGCUGGAGAUACUGCAGCUAGCCCAGGCCCAGGCCCUUGACCCUCCCAGCCACCACUUUGAGUUGAAGACAUUCCAGACUGUGAGGAUCUUCUCAGAACUCAGCAGCACAGAAAUGCAUCUGAUCGUUGUCCGGGGAAUGAACCUCCCAGCCCCUCCAGGGGUGACCCCUGAGGACUUGGAUGCUUUUGUGCGGUUUGAGUUUCCCUAUCCUAACUCGGACCAGGCUCAAAAAGGCAAAACAGCUGUGGUGAAGAACACGAACUCCCCAGAGUUUGAUCAACUUUUCAAACUAAACAUCAACCGAAACCACCGGGGCUUCAGGAGGGUGAUCCAGAGCAAAGGAGUCAAGUUUGAACUCUUCCACAAAGGGUCCUUCUUCAGAAGUGACAAGCUGGUUGGCACCGCACACCUGAAACUGGAGCGGCUGGAGAAUGAGUGUGAGAUGAGAGAGAUCGUGGAGGUCUUGGAUGGAAGGAAGCCCACGGGGGGUAAGCUGGAGGUAAAGGUGAGGCUGCGGGAGCCUCUGAGUGGCCAGGAUGUGCAGAUGGUCACGGAGAACUGGCUGGUCCUGGAGCCCAGGGGCUUGUGAGUUUAGACCGACUUCCUGUGCUUUGCAUCCCUGGGCAGCAGAUUGUCAGCCGCAGGAGGAGAGUCAGGCCGGCCACUGUGUGUAGGAGCUGACUCUCCAGCUUGGCCAGCUUCAGAAGCCUUGUGCAUAAGUGAGAUGCUGCUAUACAAGCACCAAAGACCUGCUAAGCCCAUGCACUACUGACCACGACUCUGGUCUUGCCUGUCGCUGGCCCCUCCUGGGCUUCCACAGAAGCAGACUGGAUUCCAGGGGCACCGCUUCCCACUGCUUCCCAUACCCCCAGUCUGGAUGAAGGCAGGAAUACCCUCACUGCUCUGUGCCAUAGAGUUCUGCAGCCCCUUAACCCCUGUGUAGCAACUGUGCAGCUUAUCCCUGCCACCAGCUGCACCGUUUCUGGAUGUGCCUUUUAAGAUAGAACUAAAGGAUGGGAGGACUUGAGGGUGACCAGGAACCUCCCCACUUGUGGUGGGGCGAGUUCCGUGACGGUCUGUCCCAGACAACUCAGUUACCCAGCUGUGCCUGUGCCUUUGCUCCUGAUGGCUGCUACACUAGCCUUCCUGCUUCCCAAAGGGCUUCAUGGAAGAAGAGUUAUUUUCAGUACUACUUGGUGGGAAGCAAGGGGUAGGGUGUGUCUUGGGUCUGGUCAACCCACCUAAGAUAUAAGACUGUUAACUGGAAGAAAAAAAUAUAUGUAUAAAAUUUUA